CGUUCAUUGGCGAAAGGCGCGAACGAUCGUUUAUACUUGUUUUUUAUCAUUUUAAAUUUGAGUUGAACACGAGUAGGGACCAAAGUAACGCUGUCUCGUGUAUGUCACACGGUGUGUCAGAUAUCUAUUUAUCGAUGUUAAGAACAGUCUAAUGAUUAAACUCAAUUGUUUAUGAUAAAAAAAAAAAUGUCGAUAAACGUCACCGUCAGUGGAAAUCCUAUAAAUAUACGCCGUGGAAGAGUGGUUUUGUCGGAUUUAGAUCAAAUUAAGAAAAAUGAACGUGACCGUCGACGAAGAUUGCGUCUAGAACAGGUUAGACAGCAAUCUAAAGAAAUAUCUAAUAGACUUUUGGAAAGAGCCAAAAAUAUAGCACAACAAGAGUUAGAAAAAUUAGAAAAAGAUGAAAAAUCCGAACUCAAACGUCUUCACGAGAGAAAAAUUAUGGAAAUUCAACAAAGGUACCAAGAAGAUAUGGAAAAUAUUGGUCAGGCACAUUUAGCUGCUAUCUUAGAAUCCGAAGCACUUGCGAAUAUAGAAGAUGAAACUGAAAGAAAUAGAGAAAUUGCUUUGAAAAGAGGCAAAGAAGCUUUAGAACAAUUGAAAAGAGUGGAAAAGGAUGAUCAACAUACUAUGCAUCGACAAAGAUUGCAGCAGGUUAGGGAAUUGGAAAACAAAAGAUCAUCCUUGGUCGCUGAACUUUCAAGGAAAUCUACGUGUCAAGAUGAAUCUAGUAGAAAUUUAAAUCAAGAGAACAGAACAUCUUUACAACAGGAUAAAAUAAAUGAAAAUCUAAAUAAAUCUGCAAAAAAGAAAAAACUGAAAAGACUUGCUUCUAAUAAAUCACCUUCCAAAAAAACAAGGGAUAUUGAAAAGGUUAAUGAAGAAUCUCAAGAAAGCUAUUCGCCGUUGCCUAAACUUUCACCUAAAGGAAAAAUUCGCAUGCAAAAUGAAAUAUCACAAAAAUGUGUUACUACAACCAAGUCUAACAAAAGAUCAGAAAAUACUGAUAAUAUUGUACAUACAAAUUAUAUAACUCAGGAUGACAAAAGUCCACGUCAGACAGUACCAAUUUCAAGUGUUUCUGCAAAAGCACAAAAAUUAGCAAGGUAUAACCCUGGAGAUUAUGUACAAGAUUCAUCGGAUUUGAUGAGCAAUGAGAGUCCUUCGCUUAGCGACGAUUCUUCAUAUUUUUCUGAUGUAUGCGAACAAUCAACUUGUAUCAAAACUCCAAAACAUCAUACGUCCUUCAGAGAUAAUAAAGUGCAAUUAUAUGAUCAUAAUACACGUCAAAGAAAUAAUUAUAAUAGACCUCUUGAUGUGGUUGAAAGGUUGGAUAUAAGAAAUGAGCCAAAUGCAGUAGAUGCAGCUCGAGAGGUAGAACGUACUGAAAGUAUCGAGUCUCAUGUGACUGAAACGCAUAAAUUUGCUUCUCAGAAACGAGGCGACGAUGCAAUUUUACGUGAAAAAGUAAGAUCUGAUUACCAAACGCUUAUGAAAAAUUUAGACCAUCUUUCGACCGAAGAAAGAAAAUUAAAAGCUAGUGACGUUCAAUAUGAUCCAAUGAAUGACGUACAGUUACGAAAAUCUCGUAGGAAGGAAUUACAAAGGGAACAGAAAAAAAAAUUAAAUCGAAAAUUUGAAGCCAUGACUGAUAAAAGUUGUUGUGUAAGCCAUUGUCCAAAUCUUAUGGAGAGAGUAAUUACUCUUGAACCAGUUAAACAAUUUGAAGAUCAUAAGGAAAGAGCAGAAGGUACUUGGAAGGAACCACAUUUCGUUGAUAAGCAUGUACCUGUGAUUAAAUCACCAAAAAGUAAAGAUAAAGAACGAAUGAUUUCACGCGACGAGUUGAUACUAAAUAUGUUAAAAAAGGUUGAGAGACAAAAAAUGUUAUUAUUAAAGGAAUUUGGUACAAGCUUGCCAGAUAACAUUUAUCAUGCAAGUAUAACAUCUUUGACUGAACCUGACAAAUGUGAAGAACCACAGAAAAAAAUGGAUCGACAGACGUGUCUAUCUUCCGAAGUAACAUUAAUAAACAUGUCCAAUGGUGAGAAUGAUAAGAUUUCUAAGAAACCUAAAAAAACGAGCGUGUCAAAAAAAUGCGAAAUGGCUGUACAAACGUCGACGUUACAAGAUGCUGGUAUAGCCGAGGAUAAAGGUGUUCAAGUAGAAUUAAAAGCGAUUGGCAAUGAUGUGACUAAUGGGUUAAACGCCGUCGAAGAAGUACCAGUUAAACAUUAUCCGAUUGAACCGAUAAUAACAGUCAUUACUCCUGAAGUAGAAGACAGUAGCAGCGGUUCAAAUAAUUCUAUGAUUACUGGUGUUAUCAUUGAUAUUGAUAAUAAAGAGGUAAAAGUUACUCCAAAGAAAAAGAAAAGUACAUUGAAAGUAUCUAAACGAAAGCCGAUAAAAGGAGGUAUACCUAAAUCACAUUCUGCGCCACCAAGUAAAAUUUCUUCUCCUGUAAAAAGAUUUUCUAAAUCUUUACCGAGCUCCUGUCGUAGUAGUCCGCGCAAAAUUAAUAUUCAUUUUAAAAAAGAUGGUUUGGACGUCAACGUGGAUCCUCCUGACGAUAUAAGACCAACUAUAGAUAGUAGCACAGAAAGUUCUGUAAUGUAUUCGUCGUUAAAUACACAAGAUUCGUCUAUACGUGUACCGUAUGAAAUUCCUAUGAUCAAGUCUAAGAAAAAGAUUAGAAUUAAGGAAACUUCAGACACUUCUACAUCAUUUGCUAGUCCACCACCUUUGGAACCUAAGAGACGAAUUUUUAUUACAAGUAAUACGACACCGAUAUUAGAAAUAUUAGAUUCUUCAUCACUUAGUGCCGUAGAGAGAGCAAAAAGAGAUAUCAGUCCAGUAUCAACACCAGAAACUCCUUCUCCUCGCACUAUGAUGAUACCGUCCAAUAUACCUCAUCCUGAAAAAAUUGGUAAAGUGCUUAGAUACGGUGAAGGAGUUGACGAUAGUAUAAAAUUUCUUAACAAAAAAGAUAGACAUUCACCUAUUUAUGAAAAACAGAAAGACGUGUCGUCUGGGCAAAGCGUACAUUCGCAAUAUUCACCAGUUUUAUCUAAAUCAUGCUCUUGUCAAAAUCCUCAAUGCAAAUUAUUACACGUUCAACUUGAAGAUAUUCAAGAUUUUGCGCUAAAGAAUUGUCCAGAAAUUCUCAAGAAAUAUGAAGAUCUUCAAAAUACGUGUACCGAGAGAAUAGCUUCUUUGACCGAUCUUAUUGAAAAAGUUCGAAGUGAACAGAGAGGUAUGGAACUGUCUGUAAUAAGUCCCCGCGAAGAUAUUAAUUUUAUGAAAAUACAUCCGGAAGUGCAAAGUAGUAUGAAAAAUGUUCAAAGAUUGGUAGAAAAUAUAGAAGCGAUACAUCAACAACUUGCAAAAACACUUCAUGAGUCACAGAAUGCUAUUAUGCAAACUGAAAAUGUUAAUAAAGAUCUACUUAAAGAUACAGACAUUCCAAUCAAAAAUAAAUUCGAGCAUCCAGUAAGUACAACUGUCGAACAUAUAAUUGAUAAGCCUGUAUCGUCUAAAAUUAAAUCUAAACCACGAAUAAUAAAAGAAGAGAAAGUAAAUAUAAAACUGAAUAGAUUUAAAAUGCCUCAUAAAUCAUUAGCAACAAUGACAACGGUUAUGCCUGAACGUAAUUCUUGGCCUCCGGCUAAAAUUCCAACUCAAGAAAAUAAUACGAUCGAAGAGCUUUCAAAAGAGAUUUUAGAACAAAGUAAAACUAAAUCGACUGAUAUACCUGCAUUUAAAAAAAUUGCUAAUUAUAAAGAUAAAGAUAAAGAUAAAGAUACAUCUCUACCUCCAAAAUCUGAUAGUUCUAAACCAAGCAGUCCUUCCAAAAGCGAAGGAAAUAAUGUUCCUGUAGAAACUACUGAUACCAAUGUAAAGUCUGAAAAGGAUAUAACUUUUGAACCUUUACUCGUUGGUAUACCUAAAGUAUUACCAUCUUUUUUAACAAACGGACAUCGCGUGAAUGGGAGAAAUAAACCACCAGUUACCUUACACAGUGGAUACUAUAGAACAGAAAUCGAAUCUAUGGGUCAUGAAUUGUCAACGAUAAUAGAAUUCGAUACUCCAGAUACAGCGAAUAAAAGUCAUAUGAAUAUAAAAAGUUCAACAGCUAAAUCGUGCGCGAUGGACGAAUCACACAUAGAAAAAUCAGCAAUUAAAAAAUCAGUGGAAGUACAAACAACGAAAUCGUCAGUGAUCGUUAAACCAUCUGUUCAAGUAGCAAGCUUACCUAUUCAAGGUCAUGUAAGUAGUAAAACGUUAUCAGUUUCUUCAACUUCUACGAGAAAGUCAUCUGGAGAGACGUUCGCUUCAAAAUUACAAGAAGUGGGUACAGAAUGUAAUCUUUCGCGAAGAACGAAAGAUGAGAAGCAUUUGGAAUAUCGAAUGAAAAAUAAUCCAGUUGCGUUUGAAGAUUCUGUAAAGGAGAAAGUUAACAAACAAUUACAGUGCAAUACGUCCGAUCAAGAAACAAAAGCAAUACAUACAAAAUUUGAUAGGAAUGAUAACGAAAAGGGUAAAGUGUCUUCUACCAGUUCGAAUAGUUUCUGCGAGUUAUCUGGAAUUUCGGAAAUUACAAGUACACCAUCGUCGAGUUUACUUAAAUAUGCCUCGUCUGAAGAAAUGGAAACAGCACUUAAACAAUUAGGUCUUAGUUGGGCUAUAACGACAUUAAAGAAAACACGAGAAGCAAGUGCUUUGAGUUCGUCGUCUAAUUCGGACAUAACACCGUUAAACACUGCUAGAAGAAUAAUUUCUCCAAAUAAAAAACACGUAGAUCCUAAGAUCGGUGAUCUAUUAGAUUUUAGCGAUGUCUCUUCUAUAUCUAUCAAAGAAGCUAGUAAAAGUACGGAACAGGCAGUUCUAUUUAAGGGUAGAACUUCGACACCCAAAUUACAAAAUUCUAAUUCCAAUAGCGAUAAAUCUAAUUCGGUCGUUACCAAUUCUUCUGGGAUAAGUUUCCAAGAACGUAGCGAUAGUUUAACCGUUCCGAACGUAUCGCUUAUUAAAACGAAACCUAAUGUCAAACAAUCGAAAUAUCUUUGACAUAUUAUCUUACGUAAGCUCAUAUUAUCAUUUAGUAUAUUUCUAUACAUACUUUAUAAACCACGAAUUUUUUUAUUAUACAUAUGACGUUGUUACAAACGCUGUUAGAUUAUAAAAGUAUUAAUUAUAUUUUCAUGGCGAUGUA